UCUCCUUUCUUCAGCCACAUAUGGGAAUAAAAUAUUAAGAAGGAGCGCUAAUAAAAUCCAGGUGAGCUCAGUAAACAGACACCACCAGGGUUUGGCUCCAGCAACACACAGGAAGAAAAAGAAAAAAGGUGAGUGAGUGGCUGUGGGAGGGCUGUGCAGGCAGCCACGACACCGAGAAAUAUUCCUGACUGCGGAACAAGGAGUAACUUGUGCUGUCUUAGAGCUGUGAGGCCUCAGCGUGUGGGCCAUGUUCUCCUCCGCCAGCCCGUACAAAAACCAGCACUACGCUGAACUCAAGAAGGACUGCAUCACCAGCAAGAAGCUGUUUGAGGAUCCAGAAUUCCCUGCCACCAAUGACUCGCUGUUCUUUAGGAGACCACCUCCCGGUCGUGUGGAGUGGAAACGGCCUGCGGAGAUCAGCAGUGAUCCCCAUCUGUUUGUGGAGGGCAUCAGCUCACACGACCUGAACCAGGGGAUUGUGGGGAACUGCUGGUUUGUUGCAGCAUGCUCCUGUCUGGCUUUGAAGCCAGAUCUCUGGAAAAGGGUAAUUGCUGAUUGGAAGGAACAGGAGUGGGAUUCCAAGCACCCGGAAAACUAUGCUGGAAUCUUUCACUUUCAGUUCUGGGUGUUGGGAGAGUGGGUGGACGUGGUGGUGGACGAUCAGCUGCCUACAAUCAAUGAAGAACUCAUCUACUGCCAUUCAAAAUGCAACAAUGAAUUCUGGAGUGCCCUGCUGGAAAAAGCCUAUGCCAAGCUUGCUGGAUGCUAUGAGUCGCUGGAAGGGGGCAACACUGGCGAUGCUGUGGUGGAUUUCUCUGGAGCUGUAGCAGAAACCAUCAAUCUGGAGGAAGGAGCCUAUUACAAGGACCAGCAAAAACAAGACCACCUGUUUGAUGAUCUCUACAAAGUCUACGACCGCGGAGGAAUCAUAAGCUGCUCCAUUAAUGCGCUGCCUCAUGAGAUUGAGAAUAAGAUGGCCAAUGGGCUGGUCAAAGGUCACGCAUAUUCUGUAACUGCAGUGAAGAGGGUGCGUUUGGGUCAUGGACUGAUUGCGUACUUCAAGAAUGAAACCAUCCCCCUGAUCCGCAUGAGGAACCCCUGGGGUCGGACCGAGUGGAAAGGAGCCUGGAGUGACACCUCUGAGGAAUGGUCAAAGGUCGGUGACACAGAGAGGGGAAACCUCGGCAUCACCGUGGAAGAUGAUGGCGAGUUCUGGAUGUCAUUCACAGACUGGUGCAAGUUCUUCACUAAUGCAGAUGUCUGUCGCCUCAUCAACACGUCCGUCUUCACCACCCAUAAAACAUGGCACGAGGUCGUGCACUUUGGCAGCUGGACAAAGAACGCCGAGCCUCUGUUAAACCGCUGUGGUGGCUGUCCCAACAACAAGCAGACCUUCCUGCAGAACCCUCAGUACUUGUUUGACAUCACAAAGCCAGAAGAAGAAGUCUUGAUCUCCUUACAGCAGAAGGACACGAAGCUUCACAGAAAAGAGGGUCAAGGGGAAAAUCUGAGCAUUGGCUUCAGUGUGCUAAAGGUGGAGCUGAACAGAAAGUAUCGGUUGCACGACAUCCUGACCCAAAAAUCUGUGGUGACGUCGGCCUACAUCAACGCCCGCACAGUGUUCAACAGAUGCACGCUGCUGCUGGGUCGUUAUAUCAUCAUUCCCACCACCUUCAAGCCCUACACACUCGGCGACUACAUGAUCCGUGUUUUUACUAACGUGGACUCGGGCUGCAGAGAGCUGACCGAGGAUAAACCCAGGACAAAGUGCUGGAGCUCGUUCCUCGGCUACCCACAGGCUGUGACUCAUGUCUAUGUCCACUCAGCCGAGGGCCUGCAGAACCAGGACAACACAGGAGGUGCAGACCCUUAUGUGAUCAUAUCCUGUGAAGGCAAGUCGGUGAGAUCCACCAUCAAAUUGGACACUUUGCAGCCAGAGUUUGCAACCAGUGCCAUUUUCUACAGGAAGAAGCGUCGAAAGCCCAUAACUGUGCAGGUGUGGAACAGCAACACGGUCAAGGACGAGUUCAUGGGCCAAGUGGUUCUGUCCGGGUUGGUGGAUGACACGGCUAAUCCUCAGAGGCUUAAGUUGAGGAAAAAUGGCCGGAACAUGGCUGAUGAGAUGCCUGGAACCAUCGUGCUGAGGAUUGUCACUGCAACUCAGCUGACCGCUAUGUGACCUGGUCAACUGUAUGAGAGUGGGGCAAUUGUUUUCGGUAUAGAACUAUCUGGUGCACAGGUGAUACAUGCAUGUACCUUUGCCAAAGUACCGCUAGCAUUACUGGUGCGACUGUGUGUUUACACACGAAAGAAUUUUAAUUAUUUCGAGUGUAAACACACAGUAACACCAGCCGUAGAUGACACAGCUGGUGCAAUUUAGGAACAUCCUUCACUGGAUUUUGGUGAAUUAUUAGCAAAGUUAAGACACAAACAGGACACUGCUAGACAAAAUAUUUAGUCCUGCCAUAUCUUUUACAUUUUUAUCUUCUUAAAACGUUUUUGUGUAACUUAUAAAACAUGUUCAAAAUGUCUUAGAGCUGUGACAAAAUCUGUCUUUUUUAAUAUUAUCCUGUAUAACUUUUACUCUAUGUACAAUGUUAGUUAUAAUGCAUACCAAAUAAAAGUUACAUUACUCUGUUCUAAUGAUCAACUGUCUCUCAAGAUUAUUAGAUAAUACAAUUUUUAUAUUAUGCAAAACCUGAAUGUGAAAUAGAAAUCCUACUAUAAUUUGA